AUGACUGAACCCCUUCAGCAAGCAACAGCUUUCGCAAGCACAGUAGGGAUCCAAACCCUUGCGACGAAUCAACAGCGCUCAACAGGCGCAAGACAAAAUAUAGAUAAUCCGUUUCUGACGUUCGAUGACACGAUUCCCGACCUCAAGACUCAACGUACUGAGCUAGAAGAGUAUGUGUGGGAAUUUGCUUCAUUAGCCGGUCUCAAAGACCGCUAUGAGUUGCUUCGAUUUGGUGCUCGUCUCGCUCGAGACAAGUAUGAGACUAUGAGAAAAUACGCGGAUGAGCUCACAGAUUCGGAAAAGGAGUUGUUGGAGAAGGAAAAGGAUGAGAGUACAGGCUUUUGGAAGCAGUCCAAAUUUCUCCGCGCGACAAUCAUGACCGCAAGUCUUGCGGGCAUGAUCCAAGGAUGGACGCAAAGCGCCAAUAAUGGCACUGCUCAUGGCAUGCCAGACGAAUUUGGCCUCUGCUAUCGCAGAGAAACGAACUGUCCUUCGUCCGAUCUUUGGACGUUUGGGAUGCUAAACGCCAUUCCGCUGUUUUCCGCAGGCCUCUUCGGUACACUCCUUGCAGAUCCGCUGCAGGAGAACUUCUUAGGGAGGCGAGGUAGUGUGAUGCUGUCUUGUGGCAUCACAAUAGCCUCGACAAUCGGUGCAUCACUUACGCACAAUGUAGGCUCACUCGCAGCUUGCCGAGCUAUCAACGGAAUAGCUCUGGGUGCAAAAGCGUCGAUAGUCCCAAUAUAUGCGGCUGAAAUAUCACCGGAGCAUAUACGUGGCGCUGUUCUGGCGAAUUGGCAGCUUGCUGAUGCAGCCGGCAUCUUUCUCGGGUUUCUGGCAAACUUGCUGGUCGUUGUUUAUGUGGAGAAAGCAGAGUCCGCAUGGCGCAUUCUUACGAACACUGUGCUCAUCCCCACAGUGCCAUUGCUGGUGAUGAUAUACUUAAUGCCGGAAUCGCCGCGAUAUUUGAUGAAGCAUGGAAAAUACCCCAAAGCGCUCGAAGCCUUCGAACAGGUCCAGACCACGCGGUUACUAGCAAGUCGGGAUUUCAUGUAUGCGCAUGCUCAGCUGGAUUUCGAAAGCCGACUCUUAAAAGGGGAAACAAAUGAGCUUGGCACCCUGGCCGAUCGCGUAGAUGUCAGCUUGCCGAGCUUUUCUGGAGAGCCAUCUUCGCCAUCGCCAAAUCGCGCACAAUUAGAAAGGGCUGCUGAACAUGGAGCCGUAUCGCCAGGUCGAUUCGCCCUAGAUCCCAAUGUCGAGGGAACGAAGUUAGGGCCAACAGCGGUUCGGAACGAUAGCCAGCACCAAGUCAGGCCGCAGCCCGAGCAAAACGAAGACAGUAACAUUGAGCUCGCGACAUUGAAUAGGAGGUGGAGUGACAUCUCCAGCCUAAACUUCGAGGUUGGGGUCAAACGAACGAAGAAGAACAAUCCGUACUCGUACAACAUCGGUGUCAACGGCUACUACAAGCGUCUGAGGGAGUUAUGGUCCAACAAGCGGUGUCGACGAGCAUUGCUGUGCGCUUCCGUGUCCAUGAUCACCCAGACUCUGACAGGCGUCAAUACGAUCGCCUUCUUAGGUCUGGCUUUUGGAGCAGCGAAUUACAUGUUCGGGCUUCCUGCUUAUUGGUCUUCGGAUCGAUUGGGACGUUCCGUCAUGCUUUUGCUCGGCCUACCAAACAUGGCAUGGUCAAUCCUAGUCUUUGCCUUCCUCUUCAAAAUCACCGACACGUCCGUCCAGAUACCAUUGGUCAGCAUCUUCGCGGUCAUCUUCGUUGCCUUUUAUGCCCCGACAGCCGGUACGUCUCCGUUCUCGAUCGCAGCAGAGGUCUUUCCUCUCGUAUCGAGAGAGGCGGGUAUGGCCGUCUCCGUUGCGGUCAACCUCUUGGGCGCUGGUGUAUUGGUCCUAGUCUUCCCAUUCCUGCAGGACAGCAUUCGGCCGACAGCUGCAUUCUCUAUCUUCGCAGGCUUGAAUAUGGUGGCGUUUGUGCUGGUGUAUUUCACCUUGCGCAAUCAGGCCGAGUCGCCUUUACUCCGACUGCCUGGCGAGCUGCGCAAUCGUAUCUACGAGUUAGCUGUUGGCGGAAACAUCAUCGUCGUAACAAAAUCCUACAAGCGAUGGAGAAAAACGUCGGUCUACCUCACCUCGGCUGAUCCUUCUGGACCGGACGCAAAAAGCGCCCAGGCGAGCAUUCGUGCACCUGUAUCGGGAAUCUUUACCAUCGGCCUCGUAUGCCGCCAGCUGCACCGUGAAACAGCGCUCAGUCAGUACGCAAAGAACCUCUUCCACUUUGACAGCAUGACAGCUGGUCAGAUCUUGUUGGAGAGCCUUAAUAGUGCACAACGAGCGUUGCUCACAUCGAUUUCUAUCCAGGUCGGGACCUACUUCGUGACAAGAUGGUUCUUCGGUUGGGUCAUAGAUCUGCGAACAAGCCUUGACGAGACUGGCAUCUCCUUGCCCAAGCUGAAGCAUGUUUACUUCGGUCCAGAACUCGUGAAAGGCACUCACUGGGAUGAUGAAGAGGCAAUACUGAAUAGAAUUGGGGUUUGGCAUAACAUGAAGAUCGGAUCGGGACGUAACGAAGGUAUCUCGUUCAUCCUGCUCGAUGUGUUCAGCGGAAUGGAGAACCGAGAUCAAGCAAAGACGAUCAAAUUGAAUUGGGACGGUGAGACGUGUGUCUAA